AUGUCAAGCCAAGUACCGCCUCCCCUCCCUCAAGGGGCGGGCUACGGUGUUGUGGUCGGCCUCGGAGUUGCCUUUGCACUCGGAAUGAUAUGGGUAACAAAAACGCUCAAAAAAACCUUCAAUGAAGACGCCAACAGCACCGAAACCUUUAUGGUUGCCAACAGAACCAUCGGAACGGGCCUCACAGCCUGUGCCGUCAUAUCCUCCUGGUUAUACAGUUCUGCUCUCCUGGGAGCUACACUCCUAACAUACAACUACGGCCUUGCGCUGGGAGUAUGGUGGGGAGCAUCAGCUAGUACUAUGGUAACCCUAAUGGCUUAUUUGGCAAUUCAAGCCAAACGGCGUGCCCCCAACGCACAUACAUUGCUUGAAAUCAUUAGAGUGCGCUAUGGCACAUCUGCACAUAAACUCUGGAUUUUCCUGUGCUUAUUGAACAAUACAUUCGUCUUCACGAGUAUGAUUGUUGGAUCGAGUACCACGGUUAGCGCAUUAACGGGUAUGGACGUGAUUGCCUCGUCGUAUCUGCUGCCCCUCGGUGUGGCGGUAUAUACUUAUUUCGGCGGGCUCAAAGCUACCUUUUUGACGGAUUUUGUGCAUACGUUCGUGAUUAUGAUUAUUAUUUGUUGGUUUACAAUCAAGGUGAUUACGGUGAAUGAGAUUGGGUCUAUUGGGGCAUUGUUCGAUGCCGUUGUCAUAGCAGGCAAAGAGAAGCCCGUUGCGGGGAAUUAUCAAGGCUCGUAUUUGACUAUGAGGAGUGAUCAGUGCUUGUUCUUUGGAAUAUUGCAUGUUACUGCCAACGUUGGUGCGGUUAUUAUGGAUACGGGGUUCUGGCAGAAGGGGUUUUCGGCGGAUUUUGCUGCUGCUGUGCCUGGCUACGUUUUGGGAGGAGUUGCUUCCUUUUCUGUACCAUGGGCUUUUGGUACGAUUGUUGGCCUUGGAGCUCUUGCGCUUGAAAAGACAGCUAUAUGGCCUACGUACCCCAACGCAAUGACGGCCAGCGAGGUAAAUGCUGGCCUUGUCCUGCCAUAUGUCGCGCAGGCCGUAGCAGGAAAAGCAGGCGCUGGUGCUAUUUUACUUACUAUCUUCAUGUCCACGACCUCAAUAGCCUCAGCACAGAUGAUCGCCACCAGUUCCAUCAUCUCAUUUGAUAUAUAUGGUACAUACAUCAACCCAACCCCCACAAACUCCCAACUCCUGCGCUGGUCUCACAUCGGCGUCAUCUUCUCAUCCCUAUUCAUCUCAACCCUAGCAACAGCCUUCCACAAGGGAGGCGUCGACAUGACCUGGCUCCUCUACAUGAUCGGCCUCCUCACCUGCCCGGGUGUCUUCCCAACCUGUUUAUCGCUCCUAUGGAACCGUCAAACCAAAAACGCAGCUAUCAUAGCACCCAUUGUGGGGAUGAUGUGCGGAAUAGCGGUUUGGUUUGGAACGGCGUAUAGCUAUUUUGGAGAGAUUACUAUUGCGUCAACGGGGGGUACCAUGCCGUGUUUGUUUGCAACUAUCACGUCGUUUUUGGUCCCGUUGCCGAUUACGGUUGGGAUUUCGUUGUGGGAGAGGGAGGAGUUUGAUUGGGCUGUUUUGGGCCAGAUUGAUAGGGUGAAAUCUGAUGAUGGUAUAGCUAGCCAUGGUAGUAAUGAGGAGGAAGGAAGUUUCUUCACGCCGGAGAGAACCAAAUAUCUGAAAAGAAUGAGUUCAUGGGCGGCGUUCUGGGCUGUGUUUACGGUCAUCGGUCAUGUGUUGUUGUGGCCUGUGCCAAUGUUUGGCGCUAGGAUGGCGUUUUCGAAAAGUUUCUUCAUUGCUUGGAUCGUCAUAUCACUUAUAUGGCUGUGGUUCACUCUCGUCGUGGCUAUAUUCUAUCCCUUGAUUGACGGCGGAUUACAGCAGAUGUGGACUGUAAUCAAAAGAAAAGGGCUUCACCAGAAGACAUCAGAGAGUACGAUUACAAACUCAUCUUCAGAGCAGGUUGAGGUUACAGCAAAAUUCUAG